CAAUAUUUUCAAGAAACCCAGCCACUCUGAUCUCCGUUUUCUCUCGGUUUCUGCCUCGAACCACAACAGCUACCGCUCUACUUUCUCGAGAAAAAUGAAAGACGACGAAAGCAAACAAAGUCCCCCUUGAAUCACCCUUCCCUCACACUCCUCGCAUCCUUCAUCCUCUUUACCAUCUCAUGUUUCAUUCAAAUCUGGCUUUUUUUUGCUCAAAGGGAACUAUAUCGGUUGGAUUAUAAAUUUUACCUGCCAAAUGUUUUUGGCUGCUUGGCAAAGCGUCAUUCAGUAUAUGAGAUAAAUUAGUAUUUUGUUCUGUGGUAGUGUUUGGGAAAAGUAGUGAAAAUUUGGGGAGUCCAUUAUUAUUAUCCUAUGCUUUCGCACAGCUUUAUUCGGUUGGCAGAUUUAGAUGGAAAUUUCCUCCCAAGAAGAAAAUAGUGCCCAGACUGACCAAUAUCCUUUGUUAAUGGAACGAAUGGAAAGCCAUAGCAAUAAUGAGCAUGUCAUCAACAUUACAACAAAUGAUGAUGCUUUAUCGAGUUCAGUUCAUGAUCAGCAGCGCCCUGCAGUGAACUUAAUGCAGAAUGAAGACACUCCUUCGGGCAGCUCAGGAGAUCCAAGCAAUCAUCCUUCAUCUUCUUCAAACAGAUUAAACACCAGGAAUUCCUCAUUCAUGAGGAGAAGUGAUGGGUAUGGUCGUCGUCACAGAAGCCCUCUGAAUUCUGGCCUAUGGAUCUCUGUUGAAUUAGUUGUUACUCUUAGUCAGAUUAUAGCAUCUAUCGUUGUUCUGUCAUUGUCAAGAAAUGAACAUCCUCAAGCCCCACUUUUUGAGUGGAUUGUUGGUUAUGCGUCUGGUUGUGUUGCAACACUUCCUAUUCUCUAUUGGCGUUUCCGUAACCGCAACCAGGGCACCGAGCAAGAUACUACUCACUUGCGUCAAGGUUUUUCUCAAAGAAAUCCUAGUGAGGCUGCACCCUACACAGCUAUUUUAGCUACUCAAGCUGCAGGUGAGGAAAACAAUCGCACCACUGAAACUGCAUCAAGGAACGGUCAACUUGCAGGAACUUUAAGUGCACGGCUCAAUGGAUUAGUGGACCAUUUCAAAAUGGCAUUAGAUUGCUUUUUUGCUGUGUGGUUUGUUGUGGGCAAUGUGUGGAUAUUUGGAGGUCAUAGUUCACCCAAUGAUGCUCCUAAAUUGUACAGGUUAUGUAUAGUGUUCCUUACCUUUAGCUGUAUCGGAUAUGCCAUGCCAUUCAUACUAUGUGCAACAAUUUGUUGCUGCUUGCCCUGCAUAAUUUCUGUCCUUGGCUUUCGGGAGGAUUUUUCGCAAACUAGAGGAGCUACUGCAGAAUCUAUUAAUGCAUUGCCAACAUACAAGUUCAAAUUAAAAAAAGAUGGAAAUGUCAACAAUCAGGAUAACUCAAGUGCUGAAGGUGGAAUCCUGGCUGCAGGCACAGCAAAAGAACGUGUCAUAUCAGGAGAAGAUGCAGUUUGUUGUAUCUGCUUGGCAAAAUAUGCAGACAAUGAUGAGCUGAGGGAGCUGCCGUGCAACCAUGUGUUCCAUGUGGAAUGUGUCGAUAAAUGGCUAAAAAUUAAUGCAUCAUGUCCCCUCUGCAAAAGUGAGGUUGGUGAGCAUAGCAGUGCCUCACCCAUGGCCCGAGGCCUCAAUUGAUAUCAUAGCAAAAAGAGUGAAGUUAAAUUAGACAGUCGAGGAUAGCGUUUCUAUCUUUUGGAUGCUCAGCAUCUGCUUGGUUUCAUAGCUUGUGGCAGUUGCAUGAAAUGUCCAACCCGUUGGUGAGAGCUCAAUUUGAGCCUUCAUAUAUAAAUCAACACAUUCAAGCACAGGGACAUCCUUCAUAUCAGCAAGGGUGGUUUGUCCCCUUCGCCAGACACAGAUGUGCAAGUUUGUUGGGUUGUAAUAUAGAGUACAAAGCAAAGGAUGGUUAUGCACUCUACCCUUUAAUGGUCUUUUUGUGUGUAUAUGGCACCUUGCUUCAAGGCAAUGACAUCAAUUACAGAUUAUUUCUGCAAAUAAGUAUGUAGUGACAGUGGGGAACCCAGACAUGGGAAGGUCAUGUUUAGCAAUGCCAACCAGUUAUGGAUCAACCCUCUAAAGAGUCCAUUAUAAUUAUUGUCACAUGAGACCGCAGUGACUCACAAAGAGUCAAUCACAAUUUCCGUUACCUUGAUCACAAUUACCCUCAUACUAAAUUAUGAUAUAUUAUUGUAAAUUGUGAUGGUUGUGAUUAAAUCAUUUUUCAUCCAAGGCUAAUUUGAGACAAGUGAAGUCACAUUAAAUUAUAAUGGCUUUU